AUGACGUUCAGUGGGAACUGUCCAACAAGCAAAGCAUGCAGCUUCGAAGUGUUCGACGCGGCGACGGCGGCCAUCGAAGCCCACCGCCCGUGCACUGUCUCGUGCGCCUACAUCGUCGCCUUCGCUGCCCGGGACGCGGCUUACCUGGCCAGCGGCGUCGAUUACUCCGUGCCCGCCGGACGGCGCGACGGAAGAGCUUCUUUGGAACCCGAGGCUCUCAACCACAUCCCCUUGCCCAACCUCAGGGAUCGGUUCGCCGACAAGGGGUUGUCGCUCGAUGACAUUGUAGCGCUCUCUGGGACUAACUCCAUCGGCCGCUCCCACUGCACCUCCUUCGCUCCUCGGCUGUACAACUUCAGCGCCGCCCGGCCGCAGGACCCGGGCUUCGCAGCCUGCUUGAAGAGCAAGUGCCCGCCCCCCACCACGGACGUCAAUAGCGGUGACCCGACAACGGUGUCUCUGGAUGCCGCGACGCCGACGAGCUUGGACAACCGGUACUACAAGAACCUGUUGAGACACCGGGGGGGAGGUCUCUGUGAAUCGUCGUUGAGCUCCUCCUCAAGACUCUCGUCUGUGUCCAAAUUGUAUCAUGUCCAAUGGGUUUUCUUUUUUUUUUAUAUCAUCUUAUAA